GCUAGACUAAUCCCUUCACAUUACAGCAAUGAAGCUAAUUCAGCUGAUUUGCUUUGCUGGCUACCUUGGAAUAGGAUGGGCUAUUCAACUGUCCAGUUUAGACAAAAUCUCACUAGAUUUCUUUCCAAAUGCAAGCGUGAUUUUAGCAGCAAGAAUGAGUUCAUCUUUCAUUGUUAAUAUUCCUAAGUGUAUUUCUUCCUCUCAAUUCACACCCACCACGAUUAGACCAGCAGUAGCGGCUGUUGGUGAUAAAGUUGCUUUGCCAGCUGUGACAGACACUGAUCAGAUCAAAUCCCUCUACUCUUCCUCUACUGCCCAAGUUUACUUUGCGGGAGAAUUCAAGAGUGUCUCAUGUAGAAUAGCCAGGGAUCUUGUGAGCAUGGACAUUGAUGAUGGAAACUACAAGCUGAUCACAGUCGUAGGCUACCAGGUGGGGGUAGAAGUCUGUGAAAAACCUAAAGGCCCCUUCUGCAAUCGAGUUCUUCAGCCAUCGUCGAUUUACAGGGUAAAUUUCUUUAUUUUGGAUGAAAAUGCGGUAAUAAGAGCUCACACAGGCUGGUCAGAUGCCAUACAAACAAACAAUGUGACAAGAUUCUCGGCAUAUGAUGGAUCAUUCUUAGGGCGGGCCGGAGGAAUGAUAGUGAUCACGAUACUGCUUUCUGUUGGUAUGUUCGUGCUGGUGGUUGGCUUAAUUGUGGCAGCAGCUCUUGGAGGAAAAAAAUCAUAAAUCAGGCAAGCCAAGAUUGCCUUCCAGAACAAAAACCACUACCGAUCUGAAUGAAUUGUUUUCCGGGAAUCAAGAAUAUCUACAAUAAUGAGUGCUGCAUUAAAGAGGGGACAUGAAGAAUUAGAAAUAGUAUAAAUCAGAAUUGAAGAUGUAUAAUGUAUCAAAUGAAAACUGUAAAUAACCUGAUUUACAAUGUGACAAUUUUUAUAUCAAGAGCUAACAUUAGAGUUAGGCCCAAACAACUCUGAUGUUUGGUUCCAAGUUGGCUUGGGCCUUUCUCUAGCUAAGAUACUUUGGUGCCAUAAACAAAAAUCCAUCAUCAUUAACCCGAGACAUGCAGCUAGGGAGCUGUAUAUCACAAGUGCCACAGUGCAUGACUUUUAAUUCUAGGAGCAACAUUUCUGAGGGUGCUUGGGCAGGCUUUAUAUCUCAGUGUCUUAACACAUCUGCUGUGUUAGUGGUUGUAUGGUGUGCAAUGGUUGAUUAUGGGUGCACUGAGGGCUAUGGCUCAUUGUGUGUAGUGAAUUUCUAUUUACACCCAUGAAUCAGAGGCCACCAUCUUUGAGUCUGACAUUUCACGUUGGCUGGAGAGGAUGUAUGGUGCAUUGUGCUAACUGUCAUAGGAGUUGAUUUUAGAUGCCUGAUCCUUAGAGAUGUUGAGCAGCUAUAACUUCCAUUAACCCAAAUCCACAAGCUUCUAAUUGACAUCAAUGAGAGCUGCAGGUCCCUGGUGUCAUGACCCACAGGGUUCAAACCUAGGUCUUCAGAGGCCAUGGGAACAACCACACUCCAACUUGCCAGUCUGCUGACAAUGGCUUACCUGGGACCCAUGAAGCUCAGCCCGAGGGUUAGGCUCCGCCCUGAGGUCCAUUUGGCAGAGCCCUGAAGCAGCUGACUGGCCCUACUUAAGCCGGCAGCAGGAACAUUAAGUUGUCUGAACAACUGGGUUCCACUCUGCUUGGGACUGUGUGCCUCGUGGCAACAUGUCCUUGAUUUCUUGGAAUCUGACUUGUGGUUCUGGACCUUGUGGUUCUGGAGUUUGUUUUCUGCCUCUGACCUCCUGGUAUCCUGACCCAUCUUGACUCUGGUUCCUGACUUGUGGUUCUGACCCCCAGUCUAUCUCCUGCUUCUGACCUUCUGGUAUCCUGACCCAGCUGAUUCUUGACUCCUGUCUUGUGACUGGACUCUGGCUCCAACUGCUAGGUUUGACCUAGUUGUAACACCCAACACCUCUCAGGAUCAGGCCCUACUAUGGCAUUGUAGAUGUCCUGAUGAGUUUACGUGGUUUGCAUAUUGAUCCAUAGUGACAGUUAUUCUCCCGAAGGGUCUGUGCCCAGGGCCACUCUGAAAAUUUUCAUUUAUGCUAAAGAGACUUGUCAAGUAACCACUAAAACUGAUCUGAAAGAGCUUUUAUUGCUUUGAGCUGAGAGGCCUCAUCUCAGCUGUCAGAAUUUGCUUUGAUGUUUUGGCAACUGCACUCAGACCUCUGAAAUGGUCCAGCUGUGAGCCCUCGGAAGUGUAAAUAUUUUCAAUCAGUAUUUUCAGUAUAAAUAAUAAUACCAAUAACCAAAUUAAAUUCUUUAGGU